AUGGUGCCAGCGCAUUUCCCCUGUGCAGACAUGCACUGGACUGUGGCUGAUGCUGUGAAGAAAGCUUCUGGGAAGCGAGGUGCUGCGGCUAACCUGACUAACCCAGAGUUUGCAGUGGUAGUUGAGAUUGUUCCCCUUGCGCGAGGCCCUCCUUUCUGUGCUGUCUCCAUUCUUCCGCGUUCGAUGCUCGAUACAAAGCCGCGAUUGGCGGUGAAAACAGUCACAGCUAGCACGACAGUCGAGACGCCCUCCCACCGCGCGGCUCGUGCGGCCGCCUGGGCGGCAAGGGAUCGCAGCAGAGUGAGGCCACGUCAGCAGGGGGAAAGGCGGGUUUCUGCGGAGCGGGGGGAUUGGGGACGGGGAAAUGGCGCGCAGCGUCGAGAGCAGAUCGACGGAAGCUCCGCGGGGCUUCCCCGGGGGCUUUCCGCGGGCCACUCCGCUUCCGCUGCUUCGUCCAAAGGCGCAGGUGGCGCAGGUGGCGCAGGUGGCGCAGUUUCUCGAAGUUCCGCCGCAUUAGACGCGCAAGAUAAGGCUCGGGUCGAAGCUGAGGUUCGGCAGAUUGUCCACCAUGCCGAGGCGAAGGCUCGGCAGCAGCAGCAGCAAUUGUUGCCACGACAGCAACUGCAGUUGGGGCGGAGCGAACAGCGCAAUGCGACGUGGAUCUUCCCAGGUCACGGCACCGCGCCUCGGGCCAUUUUCCGCCAGAACGCUGUCGCGCUUUCCCGCGGACUGCGCAACGGACUGCAGCAGCGCUUCCGCCAGCUUUCCCCGUUCCCCCUCGCGACCCGCUUCCGCGACCCGUUCGAAGCGCUGAAGCGCAGCGUUCUCGAGGCGCCGUUAGAGGCGCAAAAGGCGGUGCGAGCCGCCGUGAAACGCGGGGAAGAGAGGGUCAACUCGGCGCGCUUAGGGGCAGUGAUGGUGGUGCUCGGGCUGUGGGAAGUGGCUCGGAACAAGCUGGCGCAGGCUCGGCAGCGGCAGCAGGUUCGGAGCCAGGUUCGGGUGUGGGGGCAGAGGCUCGGCAGGGAGGCGCCUGUUGCGGCGAAAUGGGCGAUGACGAGCGGAUGGGGGGAAACGGGGGACGCGCGAGGGGGCGGAGAGGGGGAAGCGGGGGAAGGGACGGGGGAACGAGUUUUGGGAGGGGGAGGCGAGUCUUUCUGGGGAGGUAACGGGGAGGCAUUGGGUAGACCUACCCCGGAUAUACCUUCCCCUGACGCGUUUGGCCUUGGCAUUGUAAGGGGGCUCUUGGGAAGUGGUGUUUUGGGAUGGCCACAUCAGCAAGACGAAGCAGCGUACAGUGAGGAAGCUUAUAAAGAGGAUGGGGCUUGGCAGCAACGGGAGGCGAGACUCCUGGGCCGGUCUCAGGCGCUCUGGCGUCAGGUGGCUUCUCUGUUGAACCCACCUGGCUCUGUUGCUGAAACACCUGAGCGGCUGGAUCCCAUGGCACCUGAAGCUCCCGCCGCUGAUGGUCCCCAUUUCCAGGGGAAGGGGAAUAUGAGCGCGGGUGCGCCCCACGCGCAGGCGCAUUCCCCCCUCCGCAACUCCCCCGCCCUCCCCCCCAGCUCCCCCCAUCCCCCCCUUCUCCCCCCACCCCCCCGCGCCCUGCUUGACCCCUGGGCGGCGCUGCAAAUCGCGGAGGAACAGUUCGGGGCGCAGGCUGUUCACUCCUUCCUGCGCUCCCAGCUCGACUCAUGCGGCGAUUUGAGGAUCAAGGUGGCCGCUACAGGACAAGACCUGCUAUCCGGGCGGCUGGGCGGCGUGUCGGUGUCGGCCCGGGCGGCGGAGUACAAGGGUUUGUCCGUUUCUGACGUGGACAUGGCUGCUUCUUCUGUCCGCUUCGGCAAGAACUGGGGACUCACACCCAGGUGUGUGUGA